UAUCUUCUCUCAAAUUCCACAAAAAAAAAAUCAAAACUCAUUUCCCUUAAAUAACAAAAAUUAAUAAAUUUUAAUUCUAUCAAUUUCCGAUGGGCGGUUCACACAGUCGUGAAGGUUUAGAUCUUUCCGACUCCGACUCCGACCGGAAUUCACAGACGGAAUCCGAUUCCGAAGUUUACGAAGACGCAAAAUCCGAUCACCAGAAACCAAUUCCGGAAGUCGACGAUAUCGAUUCCAAACUUAAAGCGUUAAAACUGAAGUACUCGUCGUCCGUACAAUCUCAAAACCCUAAUUCUGUGAAACUGUAUGUACAUGUUAACGGUAAUACUCCUGCUGCUAAAUGGAUUGUUGUUGAAAAACUCACUAGUUAUAAAUUCAUUAAAAAUGAUGAUGAUGAUGAUGAUGAUGAUGAUGACGUCAGAGGUGAUUGGAUAUUGAAAGUAGGAAGUAAAGUUAGGGUUAGGGUUUCAACUAAAAUGCAAUUGAAAAUGUUUGGUGAACAAAAACGUGUCGAUUUCGUGGAUAAAAACGUUUGGGCGAUGAGGUUUAUGACUGAUGAAGGGUAUAGGGAUUUUGUGACGAAAUUUCAGAGCUGUUUGUUUGAAAAUGUGUAUAGAGUGGAGGAUAAUGAUGAGAAUAAGGUUAAGGUGUAUGGGAAGGAUUUUAUAGGGUGGGCGAAACCGGAGAUUGCGGACGAUGAAAUGUGGGAGAAGGAAGAUGAGGGAGUUUGGAAAACGCCGGUUAAAGGACGGAAUGAUUUGAUGCAGGAGUUUGAAGAAGCGGCGAGUGAUGGAGGGAUACAGAGUUUGGCAUUAGGUGCAUUGGAUAAUAGUUUUUUGGUUAAUGAGAGUGGUGUGCAGGUUGUUAAGAAUUUUAGUCAUGGGAUACAUGGGAAAGGGGUUUAUGUUAAGUUUGAUAAUAGUGGAUUUAAGGGUGGAAUUGGUGGUUCGUCGAGUGGGAGUGGGAUGAGGACGCCGCAGAAGGCGUUGCUGAUGAGAGGUGAGACGAAUAUGUUGCUUAUGAGUCCUGUACAACAGGGUAAGCCUCAUUCGAGUGGGGUGAAUCAGUUGGAUAUUGAGACGGGAAAGAUUGUGACUGAAUGGAAGUUUGAAAAGGAUGGAGCGGAUAUAACGAUGAGGGAUAUAACGAAUGAUACGAAAGGGUCACAGUUGGAUCCUUCUGAAUCGACGUUUUUGGGUUUGGAUGAUAAUAGGUUGUCUCAAUGGGAUAUGAGAGAUAGGAGAGGGAUGGUUCAGACUAGUUCGCCUGUUUUGCAUUGGAAUAAAGGUCAUCAGUUUUCAAGGGGUACGAAUUUCCAGUGUUUUGCUACCACUGGUGAUGGUUCGAUUGUAGUUGGGUCGUUGGAUGGGAAAAUUAGGUUGUACUCGACGACUUCUAUGAGGCAGGCUAAGACGGCUUUCCCAGGGCUUGGUUCUCCUAUUACUCAUGUUGAUGUUACGUAUGAUGGAAAGUGGAUAUUGGGCACGACCGACACUUAUCUGAUUUUGAUCUGUACUCUGUUCACUGAUAAAGAUGGGAAGACAAAAACAGGGUUUAGUGGUCGAAUGGGCAGCAAAAUUCCAGCCCCGAGGUUACUGAAGCUGACUCCGGUGGAUUCACAUACAGCUGGGAAGCAGAAUGUUUUCCAUGGUGGCCGAUUUUCAUGGGUCACAGAAAGUGGAAAGCAGGAACGUCACCUGGUUGCAACAGUCGGCAAGUUCAGUGUUAUUUGGGACUUCCAGCGGGUGAAGAACAGUGCACAUGAAUGCUACAGGAAUCAGCAAGGGCUGAAGAGCUGUUACUGUUAUAAGCUUAUGACAAAGGAUGAAUCUAUCAUUGAAAGUCGGUUCAUGCACGACAAAUAUGCAGUUAGUGACUCCCCAGAAGCACCGCUAGUGGUGGCAACUCCCGGGAAAGUGACAUCAUUUAGCAUGUCUGAUGGGAAAGGCAAACGAAGAUAGUUAGUCUUUCUAUUUUCUACUUGUGAGUGUCGUCUUCAUAGGUGUCUAUAAUAAAUUGACAGAUGUAAAGUGGUAUGUUUUGUUUUCAUUGUUUUGUUUUAUAGUUUUGAAUAUUGACUUCCCAUAGAACGAAUGAUUGAAGUAGGUGUUUGUGCAGUUGCAGAAAGUAUUUUAGUGUGGUUUUCUGCUUCAUAAA